AUGAGUUCGACAGUGCUAGUCACAGGAGCCACGGGCUUGCUGGGUCGCCAAUUAUUCAACACUUUUCAACGUGCUGGAGUCCUGGUUGUUGGACAGGGUUUCACUCGUGCCGCUCCUCCCACCAUCCUCAAGGCCGAUCUCGAGAAGCCAGAGGAUAUCAAGACUCUUCUCGAUGAGGUCAAGCCUCAGAUUGUUAUUCACAGUGCCGCCAACCGAUCUCCAGAUUUAUGUGAGAAAGAUCCUGAGCAAGCACGCAGGGUGAAUGUCGAGGCCACUCGCACACUAGCGGAGGCAUGCCAGACUCGCGGUGCAUUUCUCGUCUACAUUUCCACCGACUACGUGUUCCCCGGCAAGGAAGGCGAAGCUCCCUACGAGGCCGACGCAAAGACCGAUCCUCCCAACCUGUACGGUCAAUUGAAGCGCGAUGGUGAACUAGCUGUCCUCGAAGCCACCAAGAACUCGGGGCUUGGAGUUGUGCUGCGCGUACCUGUGCUGUAUGGAGCCGCCAAGGAGAACUCGGAGAGUGCCGUGAAUGUCUUGCUCGAUGCCAUCAACAAAGCACAGGAUGAGACUGCUGGCGUGAAGAUGGACGAUUGGGCCCAACGCUAUCCUACCAACACGGAAGACGUGGCUCGUGUGGUCCGUGACAUUGUCAUCAAGUAUCUGAAGCAAAAGGAUCAGAUUCAGGACCUCCCACACAUCUUGCAAUUCAGUUCUGAAGACCGUAUGACCAAGUAUCAGAUCUGUGAGAAGCUGGCCGAGGUGCAGGGCUGGUCUCUGCCAGGCAUGAUCCGCAAUUCCCAGGGCAAUGAGCCCGGUGGUGUUCAACGGCCAUAUGACACACAUCUCUCCACCAAGGCGCUGGUUGACUUGGGAAUCGAUGUGCGAACCAUGGACUUUGUUGCCUGGUGGUAA